GCAUAUGCCUUUAACCUUCUCCAGUCGCACGCAAACGCCGCAAGAGCUGCAUCUCAUGUACAGGACUCUCGACGGAGCCGUCUUCAUGGUGCGCUUUCACCACUUCAUUCUUUAGGAUGAAGAAUGUAAAGAUCUUACAUUUGCCUCAGCUUUUUGUGUUUGUGCAAGCCUGCUUCGCUCAAGCAGACUUUGCCCCCUACUUCUACGACAAUGGACCCUACAGCGACAACGGGAACCUGGCGCUGUUCAGCCUGUCGGAGGACACGCCCGUCGGUACACAGAUCUACUGUCUCAACGGCACAGACCCUGAGCGCCAGGAGGUGAUGUAUGGCCUUUCCUUUGACCCCGGGUCCAAAGAGUACUUCAGGGUCGACCCCAAAUCCGGAAACAUCACUUUGGUCGAAGAGCUGGACAGAGAGAAACAAGAUUCUAUCGACGUUCUCGUCAGCAUCACAGAUGGAAGGAGCAAGGUUAUAGAAAGAGUCACAAUAUUUGUGAUGGAUGCAAAUGACGAAAAGCCUGAAUUCCAAAACAUGCCUGCAAUCAUUAACGUACUGGAGACGACUGUGUCUGGCAGCAGCAUCUACAGCGUGGAGGCGUUGGACAGAGACACAGGCUCAGGGGGCUCAGUCACCUACUACCUCCAGAAUCCUCAGUCCACGCUGUUCGCCAUCAACAGACACAGCGGCGUCCUUCGCAUCAGAGCCGGGGAAACGCUGGACUACGAGAAAACAAAGACACACUUUGUCACUGUCAUUGUGAAGGACGGUGGUGGUACUUUUAACGGCAAGGAGCAGUUCCUGUCGUCCUCUGCUACUCUGACGGUCAACGUGAUCGAUGCGCAGGACACUCCGCCCUCUUUCAUGGGGACGCCCUAUUUUGGCUACGUUUACGAGGUUUCAUCGCCAGGAUCGGAAAUAUUCACUGUUGUUGCCAAAGAUGGCGACGUUGGGAAUCCAAAUCCGAUCAGUUAUUCCUUCGAUGAUGGCGACGAUGGUGUUUUUAGCAUCAACAGAACGAGCGGUCACAUCACCCUGCUGACUUUCCCCAUGUAUCUGAAGAGAGAGAUCUUUAACAUCAAAGUCAGGGCUUCAGAGGUGGGUCCUGAGGGCAGACUGAUGGACUACGGGGUGGCAACAGUGGUGAUCCGUGUGGUGGACCUGAACAACAAUCCGCCUACUUUCUACGGGGAGAAAGGCCCACAGAGCAUGUUCGAGUUGACCAUGUACGAGCAUCCAGCGGAGGGAGAGAUACUCCGGGGGCUGAAAAUCACCGUCAAUGAUUCUGAUCAGGGGGCGAACGCUAAAUUCAACCUGCGACUGAUCGGACCAGGAAGGAUGCUGCGGGUCGUUCCUCAGACUGUGCUCAAUGAGGCCCAAGUCACCAUCUUAGUGGAAGACUCUGCGGCCAUGGACUAUGAGAAACACCAUUUUCUCACAUACAAGCUACUAGCAGUCGAGAUUGACACGCCGGAGAGAUUCAGUGCCACUGCAGACAUUGUCAUUCACCUCCUGGACACCAAUGACAACGCUCCCAAAUUCUCCUCCGAGUACUACAUCGCCAGGAUUCCAGAAAACUCCCCCGGUGGCUCCAACGUGGUGUCGGUCACGGCAACAGACCCAGACUCGGGACCUUGGGGCGAAGUGAAGUACACUAUCUAUGGAUCAGGGGCUGAACUGUUCCUGAUCCAGCCCUCCUCUGGGAUCAUCUACACCCAGCCGUGGGCGAGCCUGGACGCGGAGGUGAGGUCCAAGUACAACUUCUAUGUGAAGGCGGAGGACACCGAGGGGAAGUACAGCCUGGCGGAGGUGUUUGUGACGGUGCUGGACCUGAACGACCACCCGCCCGCUUUCAAUGACAACUUCCUCGAGAAGACCAUGGUGAUUGGAGCACCAGUGAAAAUAGAGGCUGUAGACGAUGAUGCAGAGGUGCCGAACAACGUCAUCCAGUACGCCAUCAUGAAAGCUGAGCCGGACAACAACAUCUUCGACAUUAACGCCGACACCGGGGAGAUCGUGCUCAAGUCCUACAUCAAGUCGAUGGCCAUCAUUCAGAACAUCACCAAGCAGAGCGACUUCACCUGGUCCCUGGUGGUGCAGGCCAGAGACCGAGGCCAGCCGUCCUUCAGCACCACCGCAGUCAUCAAGAUCGACAUCACCGAGGCUAUCAAAUCCAGAUUUGUCUCUUACUUCUUGGGCCUAAGGAAGCGUCCAGGGGCUGUGUUUGGGAUUUGUUUGACCGUUGUCACCUUGGCCAUUUCACUGACAAUCAUCGUUUCAACGCUUAUUUACUGGAACUCGGUGAAAAAGUCCCGCGUACAAUCUCAGGGCAAGAUCAGAAAGAUUAUAAGGAGGCCUGUGCCAUAAGUGAAGCUUGCCUGGAGAUAUUCAGCACAGUAGCGCUGUAGUUUUUACUCUGUGGAACGAAGAAUUUGUAGCAGCUCUAUUUCAUAGGAUUUGGCUGUAGAACAUAGGCUGUGUCUGUAAAAGAGUACAAGAGCACAACAUGUGUAAACUAUUCUUUGCCAUGAUUUUUUUUUUUUUGUUAUUCCAUGUUUUGACACCACAACAGAAACAAACAAAUUUGAUCAGAUUUUUCAUUUUCACAUUAGUCGUAUAUUUGAACUCUCGGGUGUUCUCAGCUAUAGGUUUCCCGGUCAACCUCUCUGAUCUUGUCUUGACAAAAUAUAGAAAUAGGAAAACAGUGAAUUAAAUUAAACCUGAAAUUGUUUGUUCUAUACAAACAGUAUUAUGGCAGUGCAUUCGCAGUAUUUUUUUUUGCUGGAUAUAUAUAUAUUUAUAUAUAUACAGUAUAUAUACAACAUUUAGAAGUUUACCAUUGUGUAACCCUGACUUCAGUCCCAUGGAUGUGAAUUCUCCCUGUGCUCUUUUACAGACCCAACUCAAUGGGGGGCCUUUGGGAUCAUUUAUAAUGCAAAGUAGAAACAAGCCCUUGCAAAUCCUAGGCAUGCUCGCUGGUGUCAUUAGUCUCAUGGUCGUAGUCACUGUCAUCAUCUCCACCGCAACAUUCAUG